AUGUUGAACCAUUCAAGGAUCUCACAAUUGUCAUCAUCUCUCACUGAUCAGGACAACUUUGGAGAUGAUGGAACAUCCACUGCCGUCUCAGGACUGUUCCAUGGCUUUCUCACCAUCGGAACGCUAGGGUCCGAGCCUGUAACGCCAACAUUCACCACGCCUCUAGAGAACAUAGCCGAAGAAGAAACCGAGGUGACCGAGAAUCAUCUGAAGCUCAUCAAUGAUGAACUGGAGAAGUUCCUUGAAGCUGAAGAACAUGGUUCCAAUGAAUCACCAGGAAGAAAUAGUCCGGUUAACUCGAUUACACUUGGCGGUAAGCCGAUUCGAGAAGUCAAUGCUCAAGGUAAUGGGAAGACAAUCAUGUGUCCACUUCAAGGAUACCUGUUUGGGUCUUCAAUUGAACUUGCAGAAACAAAAAUUGCAGAAGAGAUCCCCAUGGGAAAAUGUGGGAAACUGGAGAUGAAGAACAAGCACAACAAGAAACCUGUCAAACAUCUCAUCAACAAAAUUCUGAAAAAGAUUCAUCCUUCUUCUCCUAAAGAAACAAAUUCUGCUACAACCAAGAAAAAACUCCAAAAGGUUAUAAAAAUGUUCCACAGGAAAGUUCACCCUGAAAGUGAAAGCUCCGUUGCUGACAGAGAAUCCAAAAAUUUAUAA